GGGCAACAAGAUGACAUGGGAACUACGAUCGUUUAUCUGAGGGAAGAGUCAUUAGAGAUAUUGAAUGGCACCUGUUGAAGAGGGUAUGGUUUUCUUAUCAGGCUGUACGUCCUCCCUACAGAUUGGCAUUGUGUCAGCGCUCUUCAUCAUCAUAUUUGUUACACUCCACAGUCUUUGUGCGGGCUGUUACAGUGACAUGCAUUUCCACAGACACAAGGAAAAUAAUCUUCCGUUUACACAAAAUGUAAGAGACUCACCUGAGAAAGCACCGGAGGUUACUGAGCAGUUUGGCAGAAAUCUAAACAGGCUUGAACAUGUUUCUAUGGGAACCUCAAGUCCACAGUGUUUUAAAGCGCUAUCACUUCCUUCUCUUCCGUCGGAUCCCACGGCUCACAUAGAGCCUCUGAGACAUACGCCUUCAUUUCAUCGCCAGGAAUGUGGGAAUAUUUUUUCCUGCAGUGAGGAAUGUAUACCAACUACCCAGGAUCUAACUGAUCAUACAUACUCGGUCCUGGACACUGAAUUAAAUGAGGAAAAUCCUUAUGAUUAUAUCAGUGAGCCUCCAACACUGCGUCUGUCUGACACAGCUGAAGUGGAUAGUGAGAGACCCUACCCAAUAAUACCAAAGCUGGUGGAGCUUGAUGUUAAUCACUCAGACACAGCCCUCAAUAACCCUGUAAACAACGGGGAAAUGGAGCAGCCUCUCGUUCUGAGUGACCGAUGUUUGACUUGUACAGAACCGACUGCUGUUUAUGCCACAGUGAACUGGGAAACCAAAAAUCUGAAAAACACAGAAGCUGUGAUAAAGACAUAUGCAGUGGAUGAAAUGAUCGAUAACGCUGAGGCUGUCCCUCCCAUUCCAGAUAAACAUUUCUAGUAUCAUGCUGUUUUUCAUGAUUCAUCAUACUGUAUAUUUUUAUGUAUUCACAUCAAGCAUUAAAAAUAAACAUGCAUUCUAAAAUA